AUGAGCCGGUUAAACAACAAUGGGCCGGUUGAGCCGGUGGUGGGAUUCAAGCUUACGUUGCAUCCCAACUGCUCCAACAGUAACGAUACGAACGAUUCCGUUUCCUCCACCCCCGAGCUUCAUGUGCAUCUGGUCGGGGCCCGUCAUUUGCCGUCGAACUUUGGGCUGAAAAGCGUCGAAGGGUUCAUGGUGAAGGUGAAGCUGUUUCCCGGUGCGAUCAAAUUUGAUUCCACCAUCCAGAGCAAUUCGUGGCCAGAGUUCAAUGAAACGUUCCGGUUUCCGUUGGUAACCCCACACAAGUCUUCAUUUCGCGUGAAAAAGAGCGAUAAACAGAGGGACAAUUUGGCCCAAUCGCUUCCGGAGAAGAUUUUCAACGGGAACUUUGUCGUCUUUACCGUGUUCGCGCUCCUGGAGCUUCCGCCCGGGUACACGUCAACGCUCAAGAGCAAAACGAUGUCCUUCAUCCGGCAGGGCAGCCAACGGUUGAAGGAUAAGCCAGUGAUCGGCAAGCUGGUCAAGGAUAUCGAGCCGGCCACGGAGAGGAACGCCAACUUCGACCAGAAGCAAAACCUCAAACGGCUUACCACGAGCGAAAGCCAGCGCAACAUCGGCUCGGUAACGUACUUUCUCGAUCCGAAGUGUUUCAAUGCGGGCGAACCGGGCAGCCGAAAGCAUCCGCUCGUCUUCAGCACCGAGGAGCUGUGGCUACCGAUCAAAGACAUCACCAUCACACCCUCGGCAGAAUCGCGCAUUACCGUUCAAAGUAGCCCCCGAGGUCAGGUGGAGGUGACAUUGCAGCUGUGCGAUUACACCGAGGUGCAUAUCGACACGAAGGCUUCGUCGCGCGAGGACUGCAGCUUCAACAUUGACGGACCGUACUCCUCCCCACCGACCUCACCGCUAUCAUUCACUUCCGGCAGCUCGGACGGGCCGAAGGUGGCCCCGUUCGAGGCGCGGCGCGGCUACUCCAACGGUUCACCGGUUCCCACCACGAAUGCGCACAAAAACCGUUUCAGCUUCGACGUGCGCAAGAUUGUGCGCAGCGUUAAGAAUAAGGACAAAAACCAUAAGGGCCUGUGCCUGAAGAUCUCGGUGGCGAAGAUGCGGUGCGGCAUCAAGGUGAAGGAGGAGUUUGAAUCCAUCGCGGAAAAGGUGUACCUCAAGACGACCGUGCUGGAACACCAGAUACUGGCGGCGAGCUGGAAAUCGGACCCAUUCCGACCGGCGCUUUCGAGCCGGUGGAAUGCGGACGACUGUACCGUGGUGGUUCCGCUCUGCGGUGAGGCUGGGUUGGAGAAUCUUUCGAUCAAAGUGGCGAUUGCCGCUAAGAAUAAGGUUGGGAAGAAAACGCGCCUUGGGACGGUCUUCCUGGGACCGAAGUCCCAUCAUACCAACCCGGCCAUGGAGGACCAGUGGCGGAAGAUGAUCAUGUACAAGGGAUCCCCGAUUUCCGUGUGGCACAGCUUCGAGCAGGAGACUUGA